CAGAGCAGACGGAGAACACAUUGGUUCUGUUCAGAGAAAAUUAUUAACAGUCAUUAACACUGAGAGGUGAAAUGGCGCAGCGAGGAAAUCACAUCAACCAAGAAAUAAUCUGCUGUACGAUCUGUCUGGAUCUACUGAAGCACCCGGUGACUAUUCCCUGUGGACACAGUUACUGUAUGGACUGUAUUCUAAGCUUCUGGCAUGGAAAGGUAAUCUACAGCUGCCCUGUGUGUAGAAAGAGCUUCACACCGAGGCCUGUCCUGCUGAAAAACACCAUGUUAGCAGCUUUAGUGGAGGAGCUGAAGAAGACUGGACUUGAUGAAGCUCCUGCUGAUCACUGCUAUGCUGGAGCUGAAGACGUGGCCUGUGAUGUCUGCACUGGGAGAAAACUGAGAGCCUGUAAGUCCUGUCUGCAGUGUCUGAUCUCUUACUGUGAGAAACACCUCCAGCCUCAUUAUGAAUUGCCUGCCUUUGGAAAACACAAGCUGGUGGAGCCCUCCAAGAAGCUCCAGGAGAGCAUCUGCUCUCGUCACCACGAGGCGAUGAAGAUGUUCUGCCGCACUGAUCAUCAGUGUAUCUGUUAUCUCUGCUCUGUGGAUGAACAUAGAGGCCAUGAAACAGUGUUAGCUGAAACAGAAAGGACUGAGAGGCAGAGAGAGCUGGAGGGGAGUCGGCAAAUCAUCCAGCAGAGAAUCCAGGACAGAGAGAAGGAGGUGAAGCGGCUUCAAGAGGAAGAGGAGGCUAUAGACUGCUCUGCUGAUAAAGCAGUGGAGGACAGUGAGAAGAUGUUCACUGAGCUGAUCCGUCUCAUGGAGAAAAGAAGCUCUGAUGUGAAGCAGCAGGUCAGAUCCCAGCAGAAGAGGGAAGUGAGUCGAGUCAAAGAGCUUCAGGAGAAGCUGGAGAAGGAGAUGGCUGAUCUGAUGAAGAAAGACGCUGAGCUGAAGCUGCUGUCUCAGGAAGAGGAUCUCAACACGUUUCUUCAAAGCUCACUGCCACCUCUGAGUGAAUCUACAGAAUCAUUCAGCAUCAACGUCCGUCCUCUCAGAUACUUUGAGGACGUGACAGCAGCCGUGUCAGAUCUCAGGGAUAAACUACAGGACGUCCUGAUGGACAAAUGGAAAAACGUCUCACUGAAUGUGAGUAAAGUGGAUGUUUUGCUGCCACAACCAGAGCCAGAGACCAGAGCUGGAUUCCUAAAAUAUUCACGUGAAAUCACUCUGGAUCCAAACACAGCACACACACAGCUGUUAUUAUCUGAGGGGAACCGGAAAGCUACAGUAACGAGACACACCCAGGCCUAUCCCAGUCACCCAGAAAGAUACAAGGAUUAUGUUUGGCAGGUCUUGAGUAAAGAGGGUCUGACUGGUCGUUGUUACUGGGAGGUGGAGUGGAGAGGAGGUCUUUCUAUAGCCGUCUCAUACAAGAACCCCAGCUCUGAAGAAUGUAGAUUUGGAUACAAUGACAAAUCCUGGGCGUUAGAGUGUGACAAAAACAAUUAUAAAUUCUGGCACAACGGUGUAAAAACUCCCCUCUCAGGUCAUUGGUGCAACAGGAUAGGAGUUUACCUGGAUCACGAUGCAGGUAUUCUGUCUUUCUACUGCAUCAUGGAUGACACCAUGACCCUCCUCCACAGAAUACAGACCACUUUCACUGAGCCUCUAAAUGCUGGACUUUGGAUUUAUGUGUUUCCUGGAAAGAAUGCUGAGUUCUGUAAACUCAUCUAGACAGAAGUGAAUCACUCUGUUUCUCUUCCACUGCAGGGCUCUGCAGAGAGGAAGCAGCAGACCUUCUUUAUCCUGCACACCUUGUUCUCUCUGUGAUCAUUUGUAAAGACGUCUAUAACGUCGCAAACUGAAAACACAUCAAUUUCAACUGUACCUUGGCAAUUAAGUUAUUGCUGGAAAAAAAAGCGCCGCACUUGUUGAGUUAAUUUAGGCCUUGUAACUGAUUCACCAGCACUUAUAUGAUCUUGCUUGAAGUGAAUAUAUCUGCACUUUCCUUGUUGUUCGGAGUCGAUUCUUUAUGGUUUUUGCCCUUAUUGUAAGUCGCUUUGGAUAAAAGCGUCAGCUAAAUGAUAUGUAAUAAUAAUAAUAUGUAAUAUAUGUAAUAACCACAUGUGUUUGUUAUUGUAGGUAUUAUAGAGGUGUAAUCAUCCUGAUCAUAAUCAAUAAGGAGAGGAUUGAUGAGCUCAGUGUGGAUGAAAUCAAUGAAGAGACUUUCCUGAUGUGUAAACAAACUGCAGCUUUACAUGAUGAA